AUGGCCAACUGGGAGAAGAGACCCCUGGGCAGCUUUCAGGGUGAGGGCAGCCCUGACUGCAGGCUCGCAGGAGCAGGCAGCGGGCCAGCUGGCUCUGGCACCCGUCCCGGCAGCCAGUCCUGCCCCUUCACUGUGACUCUGCAAAACAGCGGGGCGGCGGCGGUGACGAUGACGAUGGCUGGGCCAGGAGGAAGCAGAGCGGCCCGGCUGGGAGCUGCCCUGCUCGGGGCAGAGCAGAGGGCUCGGCUGGGCAGGAAGGAGGAAGGCCAAGGCCGGCUGGCAGCCACAGCCAUGGCCGAGCCCGAUGACCGGAGCAUUCACACACAGCACAUCUCGGCCGUACACGACGUGCCCAUGCGCGUCCUCAUCCGGCCCAUCCCGUCGGAGCUGGAUCCGGGGAAAGUGCAGAGCCUGGUGGAGACCCUGCAGGAAGAUCCUGAGCGGGUGCCCCCCAUCGACGUGCUCUGGGUCAAAGGCAGCGAGGGUGGUGACUACUUCUACUCCUUCGGGGGCUGCCACCGCUUCGCCGCCCACCAGGCACUCCAGAGGGAGACCAUCCCCGCCAAGAUCAUCCCCUCCACCCUCAGCGACCUCCACACCUAUCUGGGCUCCUCCACACCCCACCUGCGCUAGCCCAGCACCGCGAGGAUGCACCCGCAGCCCCCCUUGUCCCCGUUGGUUCCCACCCGCGGGCCCCGUGAGCCCCUGGUGAAGAUGGGGUGGGGGUCCCCCAGCCCUAAGGGGGUCCCCGGGGUCCCUCCAACAGGGAUAGGAUCAGUGUCCUCCAACCCUGGAGUGUCCCCGGGGUUCCUCCAGCCCGGGUGGGCUCAGGAUCCUCCAACCCUGAGGGGCGUCCCUGGAGUCUCUCCAGCCGGGAUGGGGUCAGGGUCCCGCCGGUACCGGGAGGUGUCCGGGGCUCGGCAGAGCGGCAGGUGGCGAUAUUGUGCCGCGCUCCGCCGCCACGAGAGACCGCGGGGACCGGCACGGGACGGGACGGGAUGAACCAGGACGGGACGGGAUGAACCAGGACGGGGUGAACUGGUUGGGGUGGGCUGAAUCGGGGCACGGCUCAGCCGGGAAUAGCUGAACGGUGAUGGAACGGGAGGAACCGGGGCAUGGCUCAACCGGGAAUGGCUGAACCGGGACAGGAGGGGCUUAACCGGGGCACGACUCAACCGGGACGGACUGAAGCAGGGCACACUGGAACUGGGACAGGUCACAGCCCGUCCGAGGCACAGAUGUACCAGGAAGGGAUACAGACGGACCGGGAAGGCAUAGAAGCAAAGCAGGACACAGCCCAAUCAAGACACAGAGGUACUGGAAGGAGGUAC